AUGAAGGCUAUGAAACGCAUCUUAUACACUUCAAUCACUCUCUCUCUUCGGAAUUCCCUAAAUCAAAUGCUCCUUCAAUUCCACAAUUCAAGGAUUGGGGAAGAACAGGUUCGUCAAUUGUCAUUGCUACCUUCAAGAGAGAAGGAUGUGGGCGAAAUUGAUUAUGGAAUCUUUGUCUCAAUUGAUUCGGAAGUGUUUGAACGCAUUGCAACCGAUUUAAAUGAUUCCACUGCUCUCGUUACUCUAACGAAUUCACAAGUCAAGUUCACUAUGGAAGCUAAGGAGAUUAGUCUCGUAAAAGAGAGAAGAGAGUGCAUGAUUGGAGGCCUUUCAAGAAGCCAAGAAACUCGAUUCUUUGUUUCUCUCAGUCCCAUAAUUUUUUUUCGGGAUUUGGCACGUCAAUCGAAAAGGAUAUGGUUGUUCAAGUCAGCUAAGGCCUAUAGUAUAAUCAUUGCUCCAAUUGGAUUGUAUGCACAAUUUUGUGUCUAUUUUUCCCCAAGAGGGUGA